CUCAGCGCAGCAGCCCGACGUGGGGGUCUCUGCCCAGGACUGAGAGCGCUAAGAAUGGCUCCCAGUAACACUCUCAUGAUCCACAUGGAGGAGAAACUGCUGCCAAAAGAAAAGAAUAAACUGAGGAAGCCAGUGGUGGAGAAAAUGCGUCGUGACCGGAUUAACAGCAGCAUCGAGCAGCUGAAACUGCUCCUGGAGAAGGAGUUUCAGAGACACCAGCCCAACUCCAAGCUGGAGAAAGCCGACAUCCUGGAAGUGGCUGUCAGCUACCUGAAGCAGCAGAGCCAGCUGCAGGACCAAGCAUUCAUUCACAAGAAUCUAGAGCAGGACUUUAACAGUGGCUACCUGCGAUGCCUCAAGGAAGCUAUGCAUUUUCUGUCCUACUAUGAACCCAAGAAGGAAACUCAGGUGCAGCUAAUCAAGCAUUUCUGCAAAGCUCAGAUGGGUGCAGAUGUCACGUACUCUCCUGCUCUGCGUAGUUCACCCCUGUCACCCUGCCUGUUUGCCAGAAAGCAACCUGCCCAGAAGACUGUGGCUGCUGCUCCUACCAUCUGGAGACCGUGCUCUGAGCUGAAAUCAGCACUUGGGAUAAUGGCACCCAGUGCUCUCUCCCUGGAAAUCCUAACGCCCAAAGAGAAGAACAGACUCAGGAAACCCAUUGUAGAGAAACUGCGUCGCGAUCGGAUUAACAGCAGCAUCGAGCAGCUGAAACUGCUCCUGGAGAAGGAGUUUCAGAGACACCAGCCCAACUCCAAGCUGGAGAAAGCCGACAUCCUGGAGAUGACUGUCAGCUACCUGAAAUACAGCCGAGCUUUUGCAACAUCUGCCAAAAGCCUACAGCAGGAUUAUUGCGAAGGGUAUGCCUGGUGCCUCAAGGAAGCUCUGCAAUUCCUGUCUCUCCAUUCAGCAAACACAGAAACGCGGAUGAAGCUGAUCUGCCAUUUCCAGAGGUCGCAAGCGGUGUCUAAGGACUCUGGUUCUUCUUCUGCACCCACUUCCACCCACCAGCCUCCUGCAAAACAAGCAGCACUGAAACCCUCCUGCAGCCUCUGGAGGCCUUGGUAGGCCAAAAGUACGCUUAUGUGUUUCCUGGACAUUUGUUCGUAUUCCAGAGGAGAUCGUGACUUGCUACGCAAGUCCCCCCACUCCUCUCAUGAGUAGGGAAGAAUGUUUUCCUUUUGUAGAGCAUUACUAUGCUUGGAUGUCUGCUUCCCUUCUUCCAGAAGGACCGAAACGAUCCCACCAAGUGGAGAGAAAGUUAUUCUAAAAGAAUGUGAGAUGUAAUCCUCCUGCUAGGAUGACUGAGAGGAGUUGUUCAGAGAGGAACACCGACUGUUCUUAACCUUAGUGAGGUUGUACGUGUACAUCUGUUGAGAAAGCAGUAACUUCUAAGAUGUUCAAGCUAGUAUUUUCAAAAGUGUCUGUUCAGGAGGAGCCCUUUCCUCUGACCUGCCCCACUUGAGACUCCUAAGUGUCCCAAGCUACCCACACCAGUCCUGCCCGGCUGCAGCUGUAGCCGCGGGGGCCCAGGGUGUCUCAAGCAGAGCAGCUAGUCUAACCGGACACGUUUGAAAACCUAGCUUUCCUAUGGGUGCCAUAAUGGGUUCUAUAAUAUUUGUAGUCUGUAUUGAGCAUGCUCCGAAAAUGGUUAAAACCAUAACUCAAACUACGUAGAGGAGAUUCCUCAGGAUGUCUUGCUCACAAAAUCAGAGUAUUGUUUGUGAGGUUCAGGAUACGUAUGCCUUUUAUAAAGGCAAAAGCUCAUUUUUAUAUCCUUAUAGGAAAGAAAGUUACGGCUGUGUUGUCGAUUUUACAAGAAAUAUUUAUCGAAGUCUUUCAUGAAAGGCAGGUGUACAAAUUAUAUUUACUCUUUGGUACCCUACCACCAGGGGAGAAUGUGAAUUCCUUACUGUCCUUGGAGGAUGCUAUGGCAUGUUAUGUGUGAGCCGCACCAAUUGUAUAACCUGUGCCAGAAAUUAUCUUGAACUUCAGAAGUUGCAGAAACUUUUAACAGUACAAAAAUAAAUAAAAAUCUAGUUAAUAAA